AUCCAGCUUCCUCCACUUCACUCUCCACAUCUCCUGGGACUCCUUGCUUGUGUGGAAGAUGUCCUGCUCCAGCCUGUGUGCUCCUGCAUGUGGGGUGGCCACCCCAGCCCCACUGGCUGACAGCUGCAACGAGCCCUGCGUGCGCCAGUGCCCCGACUCCACUGUGGUGAUCCAACCCCCGGCCACCGUGGUCACCUUCCCCGGGCCCAUCCUCAGCUCCUUCCCACAGAAUGCUGUGGUUGGCUCAGCAGGAGUCCCCGCCGUCGGAUCGGGCUUGGGUGGCACCUUUGGACGCAGUGCCGGCUAUGGAGGCCUGGGAGGUUUUGGUGGCUAUGGAGGCCUGGGAGGCUAUGGAGGCUAUGGAGGCUUUUAUGGCCUUGGUGGCUAUGGGGGCUAUGGAGGCUUUGGUAGCUGUGGAUAUGGUGGCUGGCGCCGAGGCCACAGGUACCUCAGCGGCAGCUGUGGGCCCUGCUAAGCACAGCACCACCGCUGUCGAUGGUUGAAGGAGAGCUCUGGAGAAGCCCCACCACAUCCCUACCUGACACUGUGAGGAUGGGCUCCCCUUCAGCAUCACUGGGCUCCUGUGUUUGGAUGCCUCAUAUCUGCACAAGGCCCAGCUCUGUCUUCCCCUGCUCCGCUUCAGCUUCACUUCAGGACUUGCUGUGCUUUGAUGACACCACCAAGCUCUGACUGCCUACUCCUGUCCCUCUGCCCUCUGCAAGAAGAUGGAGACAGCCUCUGGCCAGCGGCUGCCAUUCUGCAACCUCACUCCUCCUCCCCUGUAUCUGAAAUAAAAACUCUCUUGUACUGCA